AUGAACAAGUUCAUCAUCGCCCUGGCCGUGGCCUCCACAGUCUCUGCUGCCCCUCUAUACAGCAGCUUUGAUGAUUGCCAGGCUGCCUACAAGUCUUGCGUUGCCGCUGGCACCCCAGAAGUUGCUUGCGGAUGCACUCUGGCUGUCUGCGCAGGCGAGGAUAACGGUCGCAACCGCGAGUACUGCGCUUCUGCUACUGCAUCGCUCGCUCAGCCAACCAAGACCGAGAUUCCCGGUGGAUGCAAUCCUGCUCAUCCCGGCUCAUGUCCUUCAUCGUACUUUACCAAGACCUAUACUGCUCCUGCUGCGACUUUCACUUCUAUUUCUGGUAUUCCCGGUGGUUGCAACCCUGCCCACCCUGGUUCCUGCCCUUCUUCCUACUUUACCACGACCUCUACUGCUCCUGCUGCGACUUUCACUUCUAUUUCUGGUAUUCCCGGAGGCUGCAAUCCUGCUCACCCCGGAUCUUGCCCAUCGAGCUACUUUACAUACCCCAUCGCUUCCAAGACCUCGGUCGUUCCCGUGCCCAGUACUACCAAAGACUGCUCUGAGGGCUCAGGCUCAGGCUCAGGCUCAGGCUCUGGGGGUACCACUUAUCCCGAGCCUAAGCCUGUUAAAGGCGAGACCUGGACCAUCAAGGACCUUAUUCGCUACUGCGGCGAGGGCAAUGAAGGCUGUGAUUAUAACUUCAAGAUCGCUGCCGACGGAAAGACCGAGCAGUGUACUAUUAUUCGCAUGCCCGGUAAAGACGCUGCUACUGAGAGCUGGUCCAACGAACCCUGCACCGACGGCUCUGAAUAUACUAUCUCUUGGGGAUAUGUGACUGAACCUGCCCCUGCUUUCGCUGUUGUUUCCGUUGUCAAGGGCAAGGAGAUCGCCUGGUUUGGUGUUUCCAACGUCAACGGCCAGAAGGUCACUACUACUCCUUCCAACCCCUUCGGCUCCGGACAGUAUGGCGACCUUGGUCCCGAGCAGGUUUACACCUACUAG